GUCUCGCGACAGCCAUUAUGCAAUUUCACGAUGCAGGGUAACAUACGGCUAUGUCUAUGUUGCAGACUCCUCUAACACAACAUCAAAACAUCACGCCGCCUUCGAGUUUCGCAGAACCGCCUUUGACGCCUCCGCCGACCGACGAGAAGCCCUUCGCGCAAGCCCACCGAGUUAUCGCACUUUUCAAAGAAAUCCGGGCCGGAAGGCACAUCAAGCGACACCCGCGGACAGAAUUUCAGCUUGCAACUGGAGAUUACGAUGAGAUAGAGUGUCGGCUUGAGCGAAGCGAGCUGUCGGGAUAUGUUAAAGACAAGAUACGAUAUGAUUACGGAGGAAAAAGCGAUCGGCUUGUCGUUCGCAUGCCUACAGCUGUACACGAACUGUUCAUCGCUCACGUCGAGGAUGCUAUGUUAGAUGCGGAUGGCAACAAUCCUUGGAAACAGUGCAAGGCUAGUUGACAAGCACAUAUUCCAGCCCGUGUAUCUAUUGGACGAGCGCGACAGACUUCGAGACCUUCUGCACCGCUAGACGGUUGUCGAUAACAGGAAAGAGUCUUUUGCUUGAGAUAUACUCCUGUCAAUGUUUCCUGAGGAGCAAGAGGAGGAGGUAGAAAAGAGGAUAGACUGGGUUGUCAAGGUUUUGAUAAACGAAGUCGGUAUCCGCAAUAUCAUAACCCCCGAUAUUGUCGGGACG